CGGUACGCCGAGCCGCCUCAAGGUGCUGGAUGCCUACCUUCUCUACGUGCUGCUCACUGGGGCGCUCCAGUUCGGCUACUGCCUCGGCGUCGGCACCUUCCCCUUCAACUCCUUCCUCAGCGGUUUCAUCUCCGCCGUCGGCAGCUUCAUCCUUGGCGUUUGCCUCCGGAUCCAGAUCAACCCCCAGAACAAAAGCGAGUUCCAAGGCAUUUCACCAGAGCGGGCAUUUGCCGAUUUCCUUUUUGCCAACACCAUCCUCCAUCUUGUCGUCAUCAAUUUUGUUGGCUGA